CAAUAAGUUACAUGAAAAUGGAGCAAUAUUGCCGCACAUGCGGCACAACUCUUAUAAGCGAAAAGUCUUUAAAUAUAUUCUCUCCAAAUAGUCGUCAGCUACUGCAGUUUGUAAGAACAAUCACAAAUUGUUGGGUGGAAAACGUUGCGUGUUUUCCUAGCCAUAUUUGCCUAAACUGCCAGGAAUUGUUAAAAAAGCUGCAAUCCUUUCGCCGACGCUGUGCAAAAAUUGAAAAAUAUUUGUCAAAGCACAAGUUAAAUUUAAAACAUGAUAAAACGAAAGCAGAAGCACCCACCUCCGAUGAUCCUUUGGGUAUUGAUGAGCUUAAACAGGAGUCUAGCAUCAAGGAGGAACCUUCCGCCCAUCUAAAUGCAGUGCUGGAGAAUCAACAACUCGCGGUUGACUUAGUUCUGAAGGAACCGGAGGAUCUAUUGAAUGCUCCGGUUGAUUUGGAAAUCGAUAUAACAACUGAACAAUAUCUAGACGAUGAAUACAUAGACUAUGUCGACGAUGAGGAAUACCUAAGUCCCAAUGAUGAGAGCGUUAAAGAAAUUAUCGAAGAAAUUGUUGAGCACGAACCGGCCACUUCCAGGCCAAAGAGUAAAGCGAAGACCACAAGCAAUAAGCAAACCAUGCGUCUGGGACGCAAACUCAUCCAUGUGAAAGUAAUUGAUGAUAAGGAGCAACCCAAACGGAUUAUGGAUCGGGAUGGUCAAACGGCCAAACCCUGCAUAUGUGAGCAUUGUGGACGACAGUUUCGGGAUAGCAGUAAUCUGAAUGUCCAUCUGCUGCGUCACUCGGGUACCAAACCAUAUGAGUGCGAGCAAUGCCAUGAGAAAUGUUAUACAUUGCAUUUGCUGCGAAGGCAUCAAUUGAAACACACCGAAGGUCCAUAUCCCUGCACAUUUUGCGGCUUGGAAUACAGCACAAAUAGUUCUCGUGUGAGGCAUGAACGCGAGGCUUGUAAAAAAGGACGGGCUCCUCAAUCCAAAUGGAAAAUAAUUAAAAACGGCGAGAGAACUUUUCACUGCGAAGUCUGUGAUUUGUGGUUUCUGCGAGCUGGCAAUUAUACGCAACACAUUAAUUCAUCUAGUCAUUUGGUAAAUGAGCGGCGAAAGCAAAGAAAGUCAUUUAAAAAUAGUGAUAAAUAAAUUGUUUAAUCCUUUUUUUAUAUUAAUCUUUGUUUGUCUUAUUAUGUAUGUGAAUUCGACUCUUUGUAUGUGUAUAUA